AUGAAGACUCCCUUCUGGUUUUUUGCGCUCAUAGCACUGCUAUGGCCAGUGCAAUGUAGGAAGAAAUCGCCAUACUUUGAAGGGCUCACGAUCGAUGAAUUGUAUGUCGACGGGAGAGCACCCGUCAACAUGGCUAAUCCAGCCCCUACGGAGGUGCCGAAAUACUUGAAAGCGCCCCUUUCCAGAUUUCCAUCAACGUUGGUGGAUACAUUGAUGAGGUCCUAUUGUGAGAAAAAAGAAGGAGCAUUCUCUCAGUAUGCAUGCAACAAUAACAAUGCUUGUAAGUGCUACACACCGAAGAAUAUAUCACAGGACUCCAUAUUGUGGCAAAAUGGCAAAGACUCGAGGUCACAUCACCUGUUACUCGGUGUACCAUAUAAUAUUAGAAGCACCAUAAUCGGAUUUAAUUUCGUUUCUCAACUUGCUUUUGGAAAAUGUCUGGACAGGCGGUACAAACCUUUGCAAUUCGAAAUACAUUCUAAUAGUGUAGUAUUAGAUUCAGAGGUGGUUAAAACCGUAGAUACCUAUAAGGAUAGUUUCGUGAGAGGUCAGAAAACUCUAAAGGUUCAGGAUGCCAUUAAUUUCUUCACGAAAGAUCCCCUAUGUACAUUAGGAUCUAACCUAUACUACCGUGAAGGUUGGGAUAUAGAACAAUGUGCCACUGGGAGUAGCUCUUAUCGGCGAAUGCAUGAAAAGAGAGCGGUAACCAACAGCGGUGUCAAGCAGAUGGAAGAAAAAAGUAUCGUAACUCCCGGUGACUUGCAAGUAAACGACUCGGACAGCGGCGACGAAGAUAAUGUGGAUGAAGAUGAAGGUGAAAAUGAAAAUGAAAUUAAAAUUGAGGAUGAGCGGCCGACGACUACUGGCGCACCAUCGUUAAUUCAAUCCACUGUUUAUCUACCAGAUCAGAAGCUCGAGUACUGGGACACCGCAGUUGACUCAAAUUCAGCGGCGGUUGCCAUCGUCGACAAAUACGAUAACAGAACAACAUUCACAGACGUGGUGGUCGACGUCCCUAAGUCAGAACAGCCUCAAAUACGUUUUCUUUCCCCAGUGCCGGAUGAAACGGUGCCACAGAGUGAAAUUAAUGACCCUUUGAGGUUCUGCAGCUCUUGGGAUAUUUUCAGAGAGAGACAUCAUAUUGACCUUACCCAUAGCGCAUGUGGUCCUGUAGCCUCACGUCAAUGUGACGAUACUAAGAAAGGUCGAUUUUGCCGACCUGUCGUUCAAAAUCGUUUCUACAUCCCAAUACAUAGGAGAUUUCGACUUCCUAUCGAACAUUUCACGUUUUCAACCACCUUCGCAGUGUACCUAGGACCUGAAAAUCUACGUUGCGGUAGUUACCAAUCCUUCACGAAGGGUAUUCAUUACAUUAAAACCCCGGAACUCAAAGGCGUACCAAUUUUAGAAGAGGUUAUUAAAGAUGAUCGUCGUUUCUUUAGAGUAGGACAAUUCAGACCAUCAAGGUCACCCGUAAAAUACAACAUUUGUAUGUGUUCGAGUCAUGAUGCGGAUGACGAUGUGAAGACGUGUUUGCAAUUUUCGGAAUAUACCAACCUUAUUGGUCAGGUGGUCUUUACGCCUCCUCCGAAAUACGAAACCGCCAAUGUACAGAUUGGUACCCAUACUGUCGCUACGUCUAAUACCGGAAUUCCACUUUUGGUUGAUAGCGCUUCGAAUUUUGGUUCCUGCUCCGCUCUGUUCGACCUUUUUUCAAUAGACUGGUCUAUCCCAUCUGUGGAACGCAUGCCCAACCAUGGCGCUCAUAUUACCGUACUCCAACGCGCUGAAAACGGAAGUAUCAAAUUAGAAUUCAAAAGACCUGGAUUGUAUUAUCUCUGUUUCGUGGAUGAGGUGACAGCCGAGGUGCGGGAGCAUAACGUAAUCUAUCUAGUCGCUGGUGUUCGUGAUAAUGUCAAGGCUGUACUUCACCGCAACACCUCAGGCGAACUUGUAGGCCACUCAGUUGUAUUCCAACACUACGACAAUGGAGUUUCCAAAUUAGACUCGAUUUUUGUGGUUAAAUCUGCGACGGACUGCAAUGCUCCAACCAUCGGACAUUGGUCAGGAGGUAUCUUUCCAUAUUAUGCCCAUAAACUUCAACACAUGAAGAUGUGGGUAGCUCGUGACCUUAAAUUGUCUUUGGAUAAGGCUGAAGAGUUACCGAGGUAUGCUGUUUGUGUACAAUAUGUCAACAAUUCGGAUAAGUUCCUAGUCGGCACUGCCCGUGUGGAGGACUACUUUCAUGAAAAUGAGGAAUAUUUGUUAGGCACACCCUUUUUAGUUAAAGAAGAUCCUGUUGAUGUCUCCAACUACGUGCUUAGGAAGGGAUCAAACGAGAUAACCACCUUUUUCUCUUUGUUAUCUUCGCGUAUUGCCUUGGCAAAAAAAACCAACCCCAAGUUGGUUGACAACACAGAAUACUACCAUGCUAUCUUUCACGGAGCGGAUCAGGUUGUGAUACAUUCCCGCACCUACGAGUCGUCCAGCAUUGUCACAUUCUGGGCGAUUAUAGACGAUGAUCCGACACUCUACCCGUUGACUGUGAUGAAGUUCCGUGUCCCUAUAGCCGUCCGUGUUGGUUUAUUGACGGAUACGUUUUUCGUCUACGUUCUAGAUAGUUCAGGUAAUCUAGCCCGUGUACCGUUUGGCCGGCUCAUACACCCUAUGGUGGACGACAAAAACCUCUUUGUCCGAAAGAUAACCAAACCGCGGUAUAUGGAUCUAUGGUAUUCGGGUAGCCUCCUUCUAAUCGGAGUUGUGGAUACUCAUGAUAAGUGUUUUUAUCUCUAUGAUGGUCAACUGGAACACCAGCACAGCCUCUGCAACUCCCAGGAUCACAGCUUCAUAGACCCCGGUAGGAUUUCCUGUGUAAACACAGAAGUAUCAGGAGGAACUUCCAGUUGUUUUGUCGCUUUGCCAAUGUUAAACGAAGUAGCAUGGUUGGAUAUCCAUGUCAAUCCACUCCGCUUGGGAUAUGUGGAUCGUUAUAAACAGGGCUCAUCUCUCUAUGAUUUCAACUCCGUAGGUGGAAGUCCUGCUUCAGUUUUCGCGAUGCAAUACAAAAAUGACGCAAUGGUCUUCGUCGUCAAUGAGAGCGGUGAACAUGGAUUUUUGUUACACGCGGAUCGGUCUCAUGGGCGGUUGAGCUAUAUGUACCCUCUUACAAACGUAGCACGAGGUUGUUUGUUACGUGGUAUUUCCCCGAUAUUGGUCAACACAACUAACAGUCGUGCCAUGCUACUCUGUGAGUCUUACCCGUCCUCCCUUUUGGAUCCCUCCCUAAAUGUAGAAGGGGUGCUGGAAAGCAGCCGCGCACUUCAAUCGUCACGUUGGGGGUUUAUGCGGAUGAUGAUCGACGAUUUGGUGCAGGUUCCAUCGCUCACGUAUGAAUUGGAUCCAUGGUUUAUCAUCGGGAAUUCAUACGAUGUACAUCCUACCCCUCAUGGCAGGGUGAAUCGACGAUUCCCGCAUGAACAGUAUCGACUGGAGCCUAAAGAUGGCGUGGCUCCCGAUUUGCACAAGAACUAUGUAUCAGUGAACAAUGAGGGUAAACUACACAUCCAGUCCCCUGUCGUCCUAACUGCAACGUAUGAUGUUGUGCGGAGCAACAUGUGGCUUUCUGAUCGAACCACGGUGGUAAUUAACAUAAGCUGCCCUGAUGGAAAAUAUUUUGACGGUUCUACCUGCCAACUAUGUCCAGUCGGAACCUACAACUCGUUUAAAUACAGUAUUAACAACCCGGAAUUUCUACAUCGAUGUAAACCAUGUGCCCCUACAGAGUCGACGAUGAGUGUUGGUUCGGCCUCGGAGGAUGACUGUACUUGUAUGGCGGGUCAUACGCUACUAGAGGAACCCAGAGGAGACUUGCGUUGCCGACCGUGUAGCGGUUCUACGUACAAAUCGAAACUGGGUUUUGAUAAGUGCAUAGGAACUUGCGGCCCCAAUGCCUACUCCACCGCCACUGGUAGCCUUUCGCACGUUGAUAUGUUCUGUCGGUGUUUCCCAGGGUUUUAUUUCAUAAGGACUCGUGAAAACGCCUCUGGUGUUUGCAAACCCUGCGAGGAAGGAUACUACUGCCUCGGUGGGUACAAGUCUAAACAACAGAAGUGCCCGAUCUUCACGACAACCUUGGCUCAGGCGGCAAGUAGCAUUAAUGAUUGUGUAUGUCUCGCAGGCUAUCAGCCUGCUGAUGUGGAUCGUAUAUUGCAAGAGGGUACUUACGAGCACGAUCUCGCCCAAAAGAUCCUAUCCACGCACAAACUUAAAGACUACCAUAGAUGGGUUUGUGUGCCAUGCCCCAAUAACAAGUACAAGGACAGGCCGAGCUCGCAGCCAUGCAGUUUAUGUCCCAACAAUACCUACAGCUGGUCCAGCGGGAACGAUAGUGUCGAGAAAUGUAAUCGAUGUGCUCCUGGAUACUUCGAAACCGGUGACUCUCUCAACCCAUGCGAAGCAUGUCCUCCUAACCACAUUUGUGUAGGAUCUGAUCCCGUAGAUUCUGAACUGAAGGUAUACAGUGGUAAGAGGAUCAAGUGCCACAAAAACGCAAUCACUAUUCCCCCGUACGAGAAGAACACCGCCUUGAAUCUCUGUCUCUGUGACAAGGGCUACAUGUCUCGAACACGUUAUGGUAUUGUUAAGUGCGAGGCCGUCCCUAAGAACACAUACAAGGACAUUAUUGGCAAUGUUGGUGCCAAAGAAUGUCCUCAUGGGUCAUACACGUUACUUACAGGUGCUAUUUCAGUCUCUGAAUGUGUCUGCAGCAAGGGUAUGUAUUUUGAUGAGACGAAUAAACACUGUACUAUAUGCCCCUUGGGAAGAUACUGUUUGGGUGGUCGUCUGCCUAACGGCGAACACAUGCCCCCUACGUUGUGUUCCGACGGUAAUGCGGUGACCAAGGAACCUGGUGCUUCGAGUGCCAGCGAAUGUCUAUGCAAACCUGGAUACUACAUGCGUCAGGAUGGUCUGGGUGGCUGCAUUGAGUGUCCUGAAAACACCUACAAAUCUCACGCUUCAAACGAAAGCUGCACUCCCUGUGAAAAGAAUUCGAUGACGUAUGGUGUAAUUGGAGCGACAUCUGAGAGUCAGUGUGUUUGUUCCCCUGGAUAUUUCUUAGAUGGUACAUGUAAGGCCUGUGGAUCUCCUGACCAGUACUGUCCGGGUAGUCACAUGGUAAGACUUGAUGAUCUAACGGGCAAGGCUGUAUACGAAACACAAGCUCCAGUAGAAUGCCCACCUAACACCGAAAUACCACCAGGUGUUGACACAGCUGACAGUGUUGACAGCUGUAAGUGUGCUAUAGGUUUUGCUCUCGCAAAACGAGAAGAAGGAGUAACUGAGAAAAUAUGCAUACCAUGCGCUCCAGGGUCCUACAAAAGUUCAGUUAUGGACUCCAGCUGUCACGGACUUUGUACCCAAAAUGCUACGAGUAAACCAGGCGCUCACAGUCCAAGCCAAUGUUAUUGCCAGAAGGGAUACUAUUACUUGUCCGGGGGUAUAUGUGCGCCGUGUGUUGAAGGAGCAAGAUGUGAUGGUGGUCUAAUAGAGAAAGGGGAUUCCGGUUAUAGCAAUGAUGCUCUGGCAACAUACGACGAUCAUGUGAAGCCCGUACCCAUCGUUGGUUAUUACCUAGAUAAGAUAAACCAAGAGUUGCGUAGACCUGAUGAUUGGCGAUUUAUCUUAUGCCCAGUAAAGGGUGCGUGUCUUGGAGAAGAGGGUUGUUCUGAAUCUAUGACAGCUUAUUUGUGUGCUGAGUGUAAGAAGGGUUAUACAAGCAACUUCAGGAAGGGAACCUUGUGUACAAAGUGCCCACCUACACUGAGCAACUUGUUGUUGACCAUAGCAUGGUACCUCGGUUUGCUUUUGGUUAACAUCGUCAUAGCUUGUCUUAACGUUAGUGCCGGUUACAAUCGUCGUUCCAUUCACUCCGUGGUCAUUAAGAUUGCGCUGAAUUAUGGUAUUUGUAUGUCCGUCUUAAACGUCGUCAACUUCGCGGAUUUCCCCUUGCCUGAAGAACUGAAGUCUGUCACGCGACGCUGGUUUAAGCUUUUGUAUAGAGGGAAUCAAACCUUUUACACGUCGAUUGACUGUCUGUUACAGGAUUGGUUUGGUCUUGGGCAUGCGGAUUCGUUUUUCUACAGUAUGUUAUUCAUCGCAUGUCUACCAGUGAUUUUGUUGGUUGUUGUGACUGUGCUGAUGUGGGUAAUUUUGGAGUUGUUCAAGAUCAAGCGUCAUUCGACGACACGUUCUAAAUUGGCGUUAUUGUAUCAGUCUUCGGUGCAGGGUAUGCAUUAUUUGUCAGAUCGUCUCCGUGAUGAGUACUCCAACGAGCGUCUGUUUUUGAUCUUCCGUUACAUCCCCCUGCCGGGUGAGACUAAUUGGGUACGUUUCAAGCACUUUUUGGAAGACAUGAUUCCGAUUUAUGUGACAGUGCUUUUCUCAGUACACGGUAAUACUACGAGUCAGAUGUUGAGUCUUCUAGACUGCACAUGUAUCCACUUGGGUCAGUCCAUUCCAAGUAAGUAUGUGUUGAGGCCUGCCAUGAGCAUCAAAUGUUCACUUGACCCGAGCAAGGGUUAUAUACCAUACUUGCUAUUAGGUCUAGGUGGUUUGAUCUUCUGGGGAUUCGGUAUUCCAUUCUUCUCCUACAUUGUGUUGCUGAUGAACCGUAAGAACUUGUAUGCGCCAGAUGUGCGUAUGAAGUACGGUUUCUUACACAAUGGUUAUCAACAAGAUUACUGGUUCUGGGAAGCCAUUGUGUUCACACGUAAGAGUUUGGUUCUGGUUAUUGGUAGUAUUGUGAUUGUGCCGUCAGAGAACACAAGUGCUUCACGUAUAUGGAUGGCUCUCGCUGUUGCGGUGGUGUUCCUUAUCAUACAGCUAAUCUACAAACCAUUCGAUGAACGGGACUAUUUCGUACUCGGAAGACUAGAAAGUCACAGUAUGAUAUCAUGGACAGCCAAUCUAUUGGUCGUGUCGCUGAUGUGUUACGUUACAAUGACACCAUUCGUCGUUACGCUUGCGUGUGCAUGUCUGCUGAUCAAUUCAGGAUACUUUUUAUAUGUUUUGGUAACCAGUUUAGUUCGCUCCCUGAUUGAGAAGCUGAAGUACAAACGUCACAACAGAUUCUUCCGUAAGAUCAGCUGGCUGGUGGAAGCUCUACUGUUAUUCGACUCUCGUCGCAAUUUACGUGAACCCGUGAUAUCCUACAACCAACGCACGUCUCAGCUACAGGUGAGGCUCCCUCGACAUCGUUACACUUGGUUCGGCAAGAAGUCGGCGGCGCUAAAGCAUCUUGAACGUUAUUAUUUCGUAAAUGUUGUUACGGAGUUGUAUCGCAUUGUUGUACGUCAUCUGAAGUUGGACGUUAUGCCUAAAUCGCUCAUUGAGUUUUUAGUUCGUCUUUCGCUUUCAUUCACUCGUUUUGAGGAGAAGAUGGGCAAGAGAGAGCUUUUCCAGGAGCUCUCUCAGGGUGAUCUAUCGACGCUCGUUGCAUGGGCGACUGAUAAGGAGUCUCGUAAGCUGCACAAGAUCGUAAAACUGGACAGUAUGGAGGGUGGUCAAACACUUGCCAACAUGGUGGUUGAUGAUCAGAACCUCAGUGCCGCCAUUGGUCUGCGCCAUGAGGAACUGCAGUUUAUUAUGGACUGUCUGUUUGAUGAUAAAGUGCUAGAGAGCAACACAACCUUGUCCGAUUUUUACCACUCCCUAACGCGUAUUUGGAUCAUGGACACAGAUAUGCUUACAUUCUUGUUUAGUGUGUUCAAACACGUGAAAGCCCAGCGCAGCAAGGAAUCUAUUGACGGCAUUGUGGUGGCUAAUGAGAAACUGAGGAAAACGGAGAUGAUGCUGCAAAGUGUUGUGGAUGACGAUGAUGAUGGCGACGCUUUCACAGCUCAUAAGAGCAUAGCUGACAUGGAAACGCAUCUGGAGAAACUAUUGGGUGAAAAAGAUCGUCUGAAUACACACCUGAAGAAUAUGCGUGACAAUCCAGACCUGUAUGUUCCAGAGGAUGAGGAAGGCAAAGAUACAUCAAUGGAUUCUCUGAUGAUGGACCUAGGUUUUAGUGUCAAGAACGCCUUAGAACGAGCCAUGUCCGAUGAGUCAUCCAGCGAGUACGAUACAGAAACUGAUUCUGACGCCUCUAGUGAUGAAUCGGAAGACACUAGCGACGAUGAAUCUGAUGACUAA